CGGUCGCGGUAAUAAUUUUGGACGUGAACUUAACGUUCUUUUCUGUGUUGAUCCCAAACACGAAAUAAUGGGGAAGGAGUCAGAGACGACCGCCACCGUCAGGACCAGGAAGUUCCUGACCAACCGGCUCCUUAACAGGAAACAAAUGGUCGUGGAUGUACUGCACCCUGAUCGGGCUACCGUACCCAAGUCUGAAAUUAAAGAAAAACUUGCUAAGAUGUACAAAACUACUGGUGAUGUUGUUUUCUGCUUUGGCUUCAGAACAGCCUUUGGUGGAGGCAAGAGCACAGGUUUUGCCCUCAUAUAUGAUACCCUUGAUUAUGCCAAGAAGAUCGAGCCUAAAUAUCGCCUCGUAAGACAAGGAUUGUUAGAAGUUAAGAAAACUGCUCGUAAGCAGAGGAAGGAACGCAAGAACAGAAUGAAGAAGGCGCGUGGUACGGCAAAGGCUAAGUUGGCUGCUGCUACUAAAAAGGUAGACGUUGUUUGUCAAGCUUUCUGGGGUCUACUAUUCUUCACAGCCACUUUGGCCUCAUUAAUUUGUAAUCUUGUCCAGCAUUGAUGGUGUCCAACAUUG